CGAAUAUUCGGAACCCCAGACGGAGACGGGAGGAUUCGAGAACGAGAGCCGUACGUCCUCCUUGCGCUUGCGCUUCCGCUUCACCACGGGAGGGGAAGAUCCUGUCGGAAUCGGCAUCCUCCCCUCCCUUCCUCCAAUCCCCUCUGCCUUUCUCGCGCUACCCGCAGCUCCGCUCCCUGUCCUCGCCUCCAUUCCCUUGUGGGGAGCUAGAACGGAGCAGUCAACCGGAGGAGGAGGAGGGGGAGGACGCGGCGCGGUCCAGGGUCCACUUUCCAAUCUUGAGCUGCUUAGGCUUCGAGCGCAGCUGCCGGUGCCGGAUGGGGAAGAAAGUUUCAGAUGGAUUGAAUCGCCGAGCUGCUUCUGAUUGAUCAGCCGUAACGUAUCGCUUUUUCGUGGUGGUGGUGGUGGUAGAAAAAGGAGCUGCUUCUUUUUGUUGGUUUCUUGUAACGAGCGAUUGAGCGGUGUUGAGUGAGCCACCGAGACUGUUGUUGUGCUGCCACGGUUGUAAGGUGGGCAGGGAAGUCUUAGUUUAGACGUAACUAUGGAAAUCCAUUGGAUGAAGCAAGCAAUGUGCUAGUACCUAGAAGCACAGUUCCUCAGAAUCAAAUCGAAAGAACAGGCAUUCCAUUCUCCAUACCUAGAAGCUAUAGUAUAAGAUAGGAAUACCGCCUGUUCUACUCAAUCGUGACAGUACAAAUACGUUGAAUAGAUGGGAGUCCAAGAAGACCCAAGGCCUUCUGGGGCUCUGGACGGCCUCUACGGGGUACAGCUUGCGGGUCGGUCACUAUACAGUGAUGACGAAGCUGUCAAAACUAGCAUUGUGGGCUCUUCAACUUGUGAACCACAAGAGGGUAUUGGCUCGAGCCGGAGUUUGGUAAUCCGGCGACUGUGGCAGCAGAGACCCCCCUGCCUGAAGCCCAUCCACUUUAGUCUCUCGUGCGAUAAACAUGUUGGUGAAACUAUUGCUAAUGUUGUCACCUCACUUCCUUUCGUUGUUCUUGGACUGCAGACACCAAGAAAGAACUUGAAUUCUGCACUUUAUGCUAACUCGUUAAUUGGAGUUGGAAUAGCUUCUAGCAUGUACCAUACUUCACGAGGAGAAAUCAGAAAAUAUUUGCGAUGGGCAGACUAUACAAUGAUUGCCACAUCAACGCUAUGCUUAACAAGAGCUCUUCGGGAUGAGAAUCCAAAAUUUCUAAUGGCGGCAUCAACAUUGCUCUUACCAUUUCAACCAUUGAUGGUUUCAGCCGUCCACACUGGGAUAAUGGAGGUUUCAUUUGCGAAAAGAGCAUCAAUAAAACCAGAGCUCAAAAUGGCACAUAACCUACACAAGAUGUCGUCUCUAUUGGGAGGCGUGCUUUUCAUUGCUGAUGAUGUCUUCCCUCAAACUUCCUACCUCCAUGCGGCAUGGCAUCUAGCUGCAGCUCUGGGUGUGGUUACAUGCAACAGGCUUCUUGAGUGACAAUACAGGCGAGACAAGAGUACAAGAGGCGCCGCUGUUAUCAACAGGCGGUUGGUAGCGAUUUAUCAACCUGUGCACAUUAAGCACAACAGACUCUACAUUGCAUUGUUUUAGAUUGAACCCGAACAUUGGGGGAUCCUUGAGACAAAGUGGUGCAUUAGAUGAUCUAUGCACCAGUUUGUGCCCGCAUUUGUUGUAUGAUAUUGCAUUGUAUGUACCGACAGAUACUAGUAUUAAGGUUAAAUGAUACGUAGAUAAACUUUUAUA